AUGUAAGAAGCUUAGAAAAAGUAUAAAUUAUUUAACUUAAGUGAAUAGCAUUUAGUAGAAAAUAGUCAAAACGAAUUAAGUUUUUUGCACAUAGGGUUCUCUUCAAACAGAAUUAAGUUAUCAAUGCAGACUUCUGAUUGUCUUACUUAAAAUGAUGUUUUAAGAGAUGAUCCAUUCCAACUUUAUAUAGAAGACAAAUAGCUUAAAAAAGACUUCAGCCUUACAGAAAUCAAAAAGGAAAAAAAUGAACCAAAUAAAAAUUAGAUUAAUAUUUUCUACCAUUAUGAUAAGCUAAGAAUAUUUGAUAACAUUUACUUUAAAUACUCAACUUAUAACAAACAGUCAAUCAAAUUAUUUACAGUAAAAGAUUAUCAUGAGAUAGGAAAUUUAAAGUGUAAAUUUAUUGGAAAGUUUAAGUUUUAAGAACUUUCACAUAACAUCUUAAACAUUAUUUGCUUUUUUCUUCUUCCGCAUGAAUCACUGAAUUUAUUUUUGACCUUCAAAUCGAAUAGCUUGAACAGAGUUAUGCAAGAAUCUACUAUUUGGAAGUAAUAUGCCAAAUAUUUAGAAUUUGAGUAUAAUGAUGAAGAAAUCAACAGAGAGACUUUCUUUCUAUUGUAUAGAAAAAGGUAACUUGGAUUUUAGCUUGAAUAAUGCAAAAGCGUUUACAGGCAAUACGAUGAACAUUAUUAAUGCCAAAUUAAGAAGAUUAGCUUUAGAAAAACAAAUAUUUAGAUUGAUUUUAGGGCUGAAGGAUACUAUUAUCGUCGUUAGUUAUCAAAUAUUUUGAGUUCUAAGUUAUCAGUGAAUAAUAGAUAUUUGAAUCUUUUAAUUGACUAGAGUAUUUUUAAAGAAGAAAAUAAUAAUUAAUCAAAGUAAAUUUAUGAUGGCUUUCUUAUUUACUAAAAGCCUGCAUAAUUGAAAAUUAUUCCAAAUAUGGAAUUUUUUUUUUAAUUUGGGCAAAAUGGACACUCAGAAACAAAAAUCUUCUAAAUAACUAAUGAUAAAUUGAGAAAAUUUGAAUUAUUUUAGCUUAUUGACAAAACAUAUUUAAAAUAGUUUAAAAUUUGA